GGGACACCAGAGACCCAGAGAGAGGACAGAGACCCAGAGAAGGGAGGACCAGAGACAGAGGGCCAGGAAGAGGGGACAGAGAUGGAUGCAGAGAUGGCAAAGCUUAGCAGGCAGUGAGGUCAGAGUGUCUGUGAGGUCGGCUGCUGUCCAGGGCCGGCCUGGGGCCCCGGGGCCCAGAGUAGGUGGGUGCAAGUAGAUCAGGAGUCCCUGCGGGUCCCCAGCCUGAGCCAUGGAGACCUGGGAGGAACUACCCAACGUGUCCUUGGUGCCCACAAAUCCCAAGGCCCCUCAGGCGAAGAUGUCGGCCCAGGACAGCUGCCUCAGCCUCAUCAAGUACCUCCUCUUCGUUUUCAACCUCUUCUUCUUCGUCCUAGGCAGCCUUAUUUUCUGCUUUGGCAUCUGGAUACUCAUUGACAAGACCAGCUUCGUGUCCUUUAUCUGGUCCAAGGCCCUGGCCAUCUCAGGAAUUCUCACCAUGGGUCUUGCUCUCCUGGGCUGUGUGGGGGCCCUGAAGGAGCUCCGCUGCCUGCUGGGCCUGUAUUUUGGGAUACUGCUGCUCCUGUUUGCCAUGCAGAUCACGCUAGGAAUCCUCAUCUCCACUCAGCGGACCCGGCUGGAGCGGAGGGUGAAGGAUAUCGUGAUGGAGACCAUCCAACGCUACCACGCGCACCCGGAGGAGUCGGCGGCGGAGGAGAGCUGGGACUACGUGCAGUUCCAGCUGCGCUGCUGCGGCUGGAACUCUCCUCGGGACUGGUUCAGUAUCCCCAGCCUCAGCAGCAACGAGUCAGAGGUGCACCGCGUGCCCUGCUCCUGCUAUAAUUCAUCGGCGAGCAACGACUCCGCCAUCUUCGAGAAACUCUCCUUCCCCCAGUUCAGCCGGCUGGGACCACUGGCGCGGCCCCGCCACAGUACAGACCUUUGCCUGGUCCCUGCAAACAGCGAUAUCUACAGCGAGGGCUGCGCGCGGAGCCUCCAGAAGUGGUUGCACAACAACCUCAUCUCCAUAGUAGGCAUUUGUCUGGGCGUCGGUCUACUUGAGCUCAGCUUCAUGACGCUCUCCAUAUUCCUGUGCAGAAACCUGGACCAAGUCUACGACCGGCUUGCUCGGUACCUCUAGGCCCCGCCCUUCCCAAAGCCCCGCCCUGACCCCUUCAAGUGCCCCAGAGGCUUCCCUGUGGUGUGUAAAUAUUUGUUCAACCCCUUUCGCCCCAGCCACCAUUGAGUCCUCAACCUCCUCAUUUCCCCGGGGACCCAGAUGUCUGCCUGCCCAUCUGCUGUCACCUCUCCCGCGGGACCUGAGGCUUCUGGUCACCAGCUUCCUGCCCCCAAAGAUACCUCAUUUCCUUGCCUCAUGUGUUGGCCUACCGCACCUCCCACAGGAUUAUUUUUCGCCCAAACCCCAAAUAAAUCCCCUGCGUUUUGGUAAAA